UGAUCGGAUAUUGUUUGGGUUUCAUUUUGCUCAGAAGUGACCUCGGGGUUUAAUUGUCAAUCAAAGGUGUUCCUCUCAUCCCUCCCUUUCCUAACCCAUCUUGUCUUUUGACAUCAUUCCAUCCAUCAGUGUUAUAAACCCACCCAUUCUUUAUGCAACGUCCAUCAGCUCCAGAACAGUCCUUUCACUGCACAGGAGAGAUGAAAUAAUCUCACCUCUCAUUUCUUUCCCGCUAACCAUUUGAUUCUGAGACGGAGCUGAAGUCAUUUGAGAAUGUUCCAAGUCCUUUUUUGCCGUAGUUUUUAAUUUCAAAUCACAGUAGCUGAUCAGACUCCCAAGAAGCAUUGUAGGCUUCAGAUGCACAGAAUAUUAUGAAGUCUUUUGGUUGCUUUUUAAUGCUAACAUAGCAGUCUUGUUUUUUUUUUUUUUUCCUCUCAUGGGAUUUUCUGUGCUAACAUUGAUAUGCUGUGAAGGUUUUUCUUUUAAUAUGAACACCUUGUUCCCGGACGUCUGUUUUCUUGCUCCUGUCAUCUUGCUGCUUGUGACACCUGAAGCAACUACUUCAUGGUGGUACAUGGGAGCUCUUGGAUCCUCUUCAACUUCUUCCCGUGUUAUGUGCAAUAAUGUUCCAGGUUUGGUGACCCGCCAGAGGCAGCUUUGUCAACGUUACCCUGAAAUUAUGCAUGUAAUUGGUUUGGGAGUGCGUGAGUGGACAACAGAAUGUCAGCAUCAGUUUCGACAUCACAGAUGGAACUGCAAAACACAUGAAAGAGACCAAAGCUUAUUUGGAAAACUAAUUUUACGCAGUAGUCGAGAAUCAGCCUUUGUUUAUGCCAUUUCUUCUGCUGGAGUUGUAUUUGCUAUUACAAGGGCAUGUAGUCAAGGAGAGCUGAAGUCCUGCUCAUGUGAUCCUAAUAAAAAAGGUUAUUUUAAAGAUAUCAGAGGCAGCUUUGACUGGGGUGGCUGCAGUGAUAACAUAGACUAUGGUAGUAAGUUUGCUAGAGCAUUUGUAGAUGCAAAGGAAAGAAAAGGAAAAGAUGCCAGAGCUUUGAUGAACCUUCACAACAACAGAGCUGGAAGAAAGGCUGUCAAGAGGUUCAUGACACAAGAAUGCAAAUGCCAUGGAGUAAGUGGCUCAUGUACUUUAAGGACAUGCUGGCUAACUAUGGGGGAUUUCCGAAAAUCAGGAGAUUUCCUUCGUAAAAAAUAUAAUGGAGCUAUACAAGUUGUUAUGAAUCAAGAUGGAACAGGCUUUACGGUGGCAAAUAAAAGAUUUAAGAAGCCUACUACCAAUGAUCUUGUAUACUUUGAGAAUUCACCUGACUACUGUAUCAGAGACAGGGAUGCUGGCUCAUUUGGAACAGCCGGCAGAGUUUGCAACCAGUCAUCACGUGGCAUGGAUAGCUGUGAGGUCAUGUGCUGUGGAAGAGGAUACGAUACCGCCCGCGUUACUAAAAUGGUAAAGUGCGAAUGUAAGUUUCACUGGUGCUGUGCUGUGCGCUGUAAAGACUGUCUGGAGACUGUGGACGUGUACACAUGUAAAGCCACCAAAGAUGCAGCCUGGAGGGAGAAGAUGUAGGUGUCCAGGUCACGGUUCUACCUUCUCUGAAGACAUAUGUGCUGUAAAUAACUGUGGAUUGAAGAGUUGCUCUAUUCCUUUAUUAUACCACUUUUAAAUUAUAAUAACUUAUAUUGUAAAUGGAGUCUAUUUCAACAGUUACUAAAAUAUAUGACCUGUCAGUAAAAAAUGUGUAAUUGUCAGUAAUGUAUACUCCAAACUAUGUAUCGUCUACUUGUGCGCACACAGAACAUACUUGAUGGUUGUUUUUUUUAACCUGCCAUCAAACAAGAUGAUACAUUUGUGCUUUCCCAGUACAGAAUGUGGAUGUUCAUUUUAUAAUUCACCUAACACUGAACUUGUUUGUAUCAUCUGAAAUGAAGACCUGAUGCUGCAAUCACUUCACAUACCAGCAAUUUAGUCUUCCUAUCUCAUCACUUUACAUAUGUGAAAUAAAAAAGAAAUUGGGCAAAGUGAUCAUGUCAUUUUAUAUUACCUUGCACAUUCUUCAUAAUUGCAAAAUAGAACGUAAAGCAGAUGCAAUAUGUAAUUACCAUGAGUGUAGCCUUUUAAUGAAGGUUAGUGUAUGGAAGUCUGGUAUGUCCAAUAUCUGGUCUGUGUUGCACCCUGGUAGUCAUUGCUCUUAAAUCUAUUUACACCUAACUGCAACAGUUACUUUGAUGCCAUUUUAUUAUUAUAGCCCAUGCCAAUGUGCAGCACCAAAGUAUUGUUAUGCAAACCUUCUGCAAUGAGAGAUCACCAACAGACAUAAAUGAAGUCUCACGGCUGGUGACAUUUCACACAACUGCCACAAUUUAAAAUCAUGUCCUUUGUAUGUAAAUAGUGGUGAAACUUUACAUAAAGUAAUUUAAUAGGCAUAUGCCUAUUGAUUUAUUACCCACAUGUGAAAGUCUGUAAAAAAGAGAAGUUUUAAUGCUAGUACCAUGAAAGAAAUCCAUACGAUUACAUUUUAACAAGCAGUGGGACCUACUUUAAGUUUUUUUGUUUUUAAACAGCUCAUUAAAACUACUAGGGAGUGUCAUGAAACCUUUAAUACCUGGCUUUAGAUAUAUUUACGAAGCGAACACGGAGCAGAGAAUGCUGUGGAAGAGUUCCAAAGGUCUUCCUCCUCCUAUUGCUCACGCAUGGCACCGAGACCGCUUCUUUUUCUGUUUAUCCACAAUGAACUUCAGUCAGUAGUAAUGUUAGCGGAUAUACAGCAUU